CCCUAAUGUCAACAUCAGCCCGGUGUCAUAAUUCUCUGAACAAAAUAUACAAAACAUGUAAAAAGGAAUGAAAUUCCGAUAAAAAGUGGUAACGAGAUCUCUUUGUUACUAUACGUAACAUCUCAAUGAGUUACUUAAACCUGGUAGAAUACGAAAUAAGGUUUCAGUGAGAUGAAAUUGUUGUAAUAUGUGUCCAAUUUCAAUAGAAUCUUAAAAAUAGUCUUUUUAGCAAUAGCAAUUUUACAAUCCUAAAACAUUAAUUAUGUUCUUCGACAAGAGUACAAAAUACUUCCACAUCUCAGUCAUUACGAUCACAAGUCUUCUCUGCUACUACAAUAGCAUUAAUUGUGAUUUCGUUUUCGACGACAUAAGUGCAAUAAAGGACAAUAAGGACCUCAGACCGGAAUCUAGCUUCAAGCAAAUAUUUCUCAAUGACUUUUGGGGAACACCAAUGCAAAAGGAACAAAGUCACAAAUCAUACCGGCCGUUAUGCGUGUUAACAUUCCGAUGGAACUAUUUUUUCCACGAACUAAAUCCGAUGGGCUAUCACGCCGUGAAUGUGUUCUUACACGGCAUUGUUUGUGUCAUGUUCUACAAUAUGUGCAGAAUAUUCCUACGGACGAACAGUAGCUUUGUGGCUGCUAUGCUAUUUUCUGUUCAUCCCAUUCACACAGAGGCGGUUACUGGGGUCGUGGGGCGAGCUGAAAUAUUGUCGUCGGUCUUCUUUCUGGCAGCAUUUACAUUCUACACAAAGGCGAUUGCCGACAGAUCACUCACCAUUUGGCUUAACAUGUGUCUGUCAAUGGUUUCGGUUGCAACCGCUAUGCUGUGCAAGGAGCAGGGAAUUACAGUGACCGGAGUGUGUUUCGUUUAUGAAAUUUUCGUUGCACAAAAUAUUCGGUUGAAAGACCUUGCCCAUUGCAUUGGUUUACUGUGGAGCGAAAAGGGCUUUACGAUUCUGAGAAAAUUAGCAAUAUCCAGAGCAGCAAAACGCUUGGCCAUUUUAAUCGUAACGACCUUAAUGCUUCUGUACUUUCGGUUGCAAAUUAUGGACUCACAAUUGCCAGUGUUCACAAAAUUCGAUAAUCCAGCGUCAACCACUUCAACACCGUCACGUCAGCUAACGUACAGUUAUUUGGGCGCACUGAAUUUCUUGUUGCUCAUUUUUCCAUCCAAUUUGUGCUGUGAUUGGACCAUGGGAACAAUACCGUUGAUCGAGUCGGUAAAAGAUCCCAGAAAUUUGCUAACGCUUGCCGUAGCGUUAAUGGUUGUGUGUCUGUCAUGGUAUGCGUUGGCUAGUACAAAUCGAAGGAGAUCUUCCGUUCUAAUAACGAGUCUAUCGCUCGUAGCGCUACCGUUUCUACCUGCAUCGAAUCUGUUCUUCCCAGUUGGUUUUGUCAUAGCUGAACGUGUACUGUAUAUGCCGUCGAUGGGAUACUGUAUCCUGAUCGCAUACGGAUUCGAAUUGCUGUCGGAGAGGUUUCCCAAAAGGCUCGUGACACUGCUGCUACUAUCGUUGUUGGUGGUUGAUCUGAUGAAGACGGUACGGCGAAAUGAGGAUUGGCGAACAGAAUACUCGAUAUUCAUGUCCGGACUGAAAGUGAACCGCAACAAUGCAAAACUGUUCAACAACGUCGGCCAUUCGUUGGAAAACUCCGGCAAGUACACCGAAGCGUUGCGAUUCUUCCAGAAAGCCGUUCAGGUGCAGGACGAUGAUAUUGGCGCUCACAUAAAUGUCGGCCGAACGUACAAUCACCUGAAAAUGUUCAAAGAAGCUGAACUGGCGUACAUGAAAGCGAAAUCGUUGUUGCCGCGUGCCAAACCGGGCGAAACGUACCAGACCCGAAUAGCUCCGAAUCACCUGAGCGUUUUCGUGAAUUUGGCCAAUUUGAUUUCGAAGAAUAACACCCGACUGGAGGAGGCAGAUCGUUUGUACCGGCAAGCGAUUAGUAUGCGUGCCGAUUUCGUUCAAGCUUACAUCAAUCGGGGCGACGUUCUGAUCAAAUUGAAUCGAACGAAAGAGGCGCAGGAUGUAUUUGAACUAGCGUUGCGUUACGACAAAGACAAUCCCGAUAUUCAUUACAAUCUGGGAGUGGUGCAUCUAGAACAGGGUAAGCCCACUGAAGCACUUACCAGUUUCAACAGAGCGCUAGAAAUACAUCCGAUGCAUGAAUCCGCGCUGCUCAAUUCGGCUAUUUUGCUGCAAGAACUUGGUGGACAGGAAUUUCGACUCAUCGCUCGUGGCAGAUUACUGACACUCUUGGACAAAGAUCAUAACAACGAACGAGUGCACUUCAAUUUAGGUAUGCUUGCAAUGGAUGAUCGUGACAUCAACGAAGCUGAAAAGUGGUUUCGUCAGUCAGUGAAAUUGAAGUCGGAUUUUCGAAGUGCACUCUUUAAUCUGGCUCUCUUGCUCGCAGACGAUAAUCGAUCGCUGGAGGCUGAACCAUUUCUGAGUCAACUCGUCCGAUUCCAUCCGGAUCAUGUGAAGGGUCUCAUUCUUCUGGGGGACAUAAACAUAAAUCAUCUGAAGAAUCUCACCGCAGCGGAAACGUGCUAUCGGCGAAUACUUCAGUUGGAGCCGCACAACAUUCAGGGUCUUCAUAAUCUGUGCGUCGUGUACGUGGAACAGAAACAGUUGCUGAAAGCGAAAGCAUGUUUGCAGCACGCUACUCAGUUGGCUCCGUCCGAGGCGUACAUUGCAAAACAUUUGAAAAUCGUUGAGACUCGAAUUGAGAAGCUGGAACAAACGCCGAACGCUGUUGUGAAGGAAAGGGAAUUGGCAUUCCAGGAGUUUGAUGCCAGUGAAUUUGGUGGUGAUAAUAAAAUGCUCAAAAGACAACAUGUGCAGGUCGUUAACUGAAUAGUUCAAAAUGUGGGGCCUGUGUGUAUGUGAUGAGAAGGUAUUCAGAAUCAUGACAAAUUGAGGCGUGUUCGUUUCUUCUUUAACUGAAACCUAAAACUAAGUACUUAAGUCUGGUCAGUUUUUAAAAUAAUUUUUAUUUUGUUGGUUACUAUAAUUCGUCAAACGUAUUAUUUAGGCUAAUUUUGUCCGUUUAGAUGAUAAGACUACAAUACGAAAAGCAAUAAAGAAAAUUAUUGAAUUGAAUAA